AUGGAGGCGCUCGUGCUCCGCGACGGGCUCUCCCCACUCCAUGACCAGGCAGCAGCGGGAGCAGUGGCACCGACCGUGCCAGAAAGCGUCUACGCCUUCCUCGCCGCGAUGAGGCCGUCGAUGACACGGCAUGCGCCCGUCUUUGCCGCGCUGGGGAUCGACGUCGUCCACCUGCCGAUGGCCGCCCUAGCGCGGCUCGAGACGGAGCCGUACGGCGAGUUCGAGCAAGCCCUUCUCGCGAAGGGUGUGCCGUGGGCAGAUGCGUUCUUGAUCGAGGUUGCGCUCAAGACGCGGAUUCUUUCUUAA